AUGCCCGUACCCCUACCUGCUCCCGCGUGCUGCGCACCCGCUCCCCCCCCCCCCCCGCUGCCCUGCCCCCCCCCGCUAGACCACCUCCCCCCUCCUCCGGCCUCCUGCCCCCUCCCCCCUCCUCGGCCCCCAACCCCCACCUCCUCCCCUCCCCUUCACUGCACCCCCGCCCUGACCGCGCCCGCCUCCCCCCGACCCCCGCCCCCCGCUCUGACCCCCCAGCCCUGGGUGUCCUCCGCCCUCCUAAGCCACGCCCCACGCAUCCACCCGCACCCCCAAGGUCAUCCGCAGCGCCUGUACAUUAGAGUCCCACUUCGCCCCCCUCCCCUCACCCCCGCCCACGACACCGCACGCGUUUUUCCCUCCGCACUGCCCCCUCCCCCAAGCCACCCCCAUUCAACCCCCCGUCCCGCCCAGAACAACCCGCCCUCCACCCCACCACCCCUCCCCACCUUCAGCGCCCCUCCAUCUCCCCAUCCCCCGCCGCGCGUCCCCCCCCCCCACCGAAUGCUGCCCCCACCCAUAGCCCCCGCAACUGCCCCCGCCCGGCGCUCCCUUUCCCCACCCUCCCCCCCUCCGAGUCGCCGACCGCCCCCCCGCCCAAAGAACCCCUUCCCCCUCCCAUCGAUCCUCCGCCCCCCUCCCACCCACCUCCCCCCGCGACCGACCACCCCGCCCCCCCGUCCGCUGCCCCUCUCCCUCGCCCCCAGCCAUCCCGCCCCCUUUCCUUAUCUCCGCCGCCCCCCCCCCCACCAGCUUCAACGAACCCCCCUACAAUUAUUUCCCUCACCCCUCGCGUCGCCCAACCUCAGCCCCCCCACGCCCACCUCACCCGCAACACGGGCCGAUCGCCACUGCGGACCCCCCCCCACACACCCCCCUCCGCCUCCCCCCCCACCCCCAGACUCCCAAUAUCACACCACAAAUCAAGACCAAACUACGUGCCUCCCAGGCCAGUACGAACGCCGCCCCCCGGCCCCCGCCAGGCGCUCAACGUGCGGCCCCCCCCCCCUCACCUACCCACAGACCUCCCCUCACUCCGCCUGCCCCCCCCCACUACCACCCCCGCCCCCCCCACUGCCACCCCAUCCCAACCUCCUCCCCCCCCGCACCCCCCCCCAUCCCCCCGACCGUCCCCCCGUCUACCGCCUCCCACCUCAACAUACACUAGAUCCCAGCCACGCGGCCCCCCCACCCACUUCGCAACCCCGCGGCAACCACGCAUGCUUCCCCCACUGUCCCCCUCCUCCUCCCCCGGUCCCCCCCGUGUCCAUCCACUCCACUUGGGUCCCUAGAUACCCCGCACCCCCCCGACCCUCUAUCGCCCACCCACUCAGCACCACUCCCCAACACCCGACAACUAACCCCCAUCCCGCGGCCCCCUGUCCCUCCCCCCGCUCCUUCCGCUCCCCGUCCCCUGCCAUCCUGCCAGCGAUGCAGCGCACCCGCUCCCACACGAUCCCAGCCUACCCGCCCUAUACGUCCCUCCCCCCGCGCCCCCCUCGACUCCGGGAACGAUACGCCCCCCGCCCCCCACCCUACCACAGGGGGCACCCCCCCCCACUCACUCCCGGUUCCCGCCCGGUCGGCCCUACGCCCACCUCCCGCCACGUCCCACUCCCAACCCGGGCUUGCAGCCCCAUCCUACAUUAUCAAGGCCCACACCUACCGGAAGUAUGCAGACACCCGCACCCUCUAAAGCCCUACCACCGAGCACAACCUCUUCUGCUACGCCGACCCCGCGCCCCACCCCUCCACAACCCCGCCUGCGCCGCCCUCAGCUCCCCGCUACUCACCAAGUGUCUGCCCCUACACGCGUACUCCCUCCCCCCGCUGACCGCCGGCCCCCUCCCUCGGCCUCCCAACCGGCGCACCCCCCCCUGCCCACCCCCUCCCCCCCCGAGCACCCUCCCCCCCGCUUCCCCCUGCAUCCCCACCCAGGACCUCGCGCGCUCCGCCCCCCCUCAUCCGCCAGGCCUACCCCCCCCCCCCUACACCACCCCCCCACUACCAUACCUGACCACCCGCACCCCCCCCCCCCCCCACCCCCCUCGCAUGCACACGCCCCUGUCCUUGCCCUAA